ACUAUUAUUCAAGUCCAGUAGAAACAUGGGCAAUUUCUUUAGUUCAUUGUUUGGAAACAAAGAAAGCCCGCCAAAACCGGAAGUGAAGCCUGACGACUCUCCAGAUAAAGACGAUAAACCGGAAGUCCCAGAAGAAGAGAGUCCGGCAGAACAACCGGAAGACAAACCUGAAGAGGAACCGACAGACAAACCGAAUGAGACCGUUGACGCUGGGGAUGACUCGUUUGCUGCUCAGUUGUUGAAAGCACAAAAUGUUUACAGAAAACAACAUGGAGUACCACCUCUGACUCUAAACGCAGAAAUGAGCAAGGAUGCUCAAAUUUGGGCGGAACGUCUUGCUAAGCGAGGACAACUGGAACAUGCUGAUACAGACCUGGGUGAGAAUUUGGCGAUGAGGUCCCCUGAACUCAGUGGACAGGACGCCGCGAAAAUGUGGUACGAUGAAAUUCAAUAUUACGAUUUCAGCAACCCGGGAUACAAAGGAGGAACAGGCCAUUUCACUCAAGUCGUCUGGAAGUCAAGCAAGGAGUUUGGAGCCGGAAUCGCCAAAGCUUCAAACGGGGGUUUAUAUGCAGUAGGGAGAUACAAACCUGCAGGAAAUGUCACCAAUCCUGGAUUCUUCGAAGAAAACGUUCUAAAAGCAAAAUAAUUGCAGUACACUAUAUAUUUUUAAAAAGCAGAUGUUUUGAAACUAUGCCUAGACCAGCCAAGUGUAUAUCAAAAUACAAGUCGUUUUGAAACUAAUUUAUUAUACAUAAAAAAAUAUUUAUGUCCAUCUGAGGAGAAAAAAACUGUAUCUUAUUUUGAACAAAAUUCUGAAAAUGAUUUUAUUUUCUGAUUACUUUCUUGUUAAAUUCUCUCCAGAACAUGUACAUUUUCUAUAUUUUCCCAAAAGUAGAUUUACGAAAUCAAUAAAAAUUAUGUAACAUAUACUUUCUUGUGUAUUCGAAACAAUAUUAAUGUUUUUAAUUCUUUUUACUCACUUGCCCCACAUCUCAAAUUUAGUCUUCAUGGCUUGAUUUUUUCAAAGUAAUCGAGAUUUAUUUCUUACCCUUACAGCGUAGAAAUAAUUUAUGUUUAACAAAAUUUUAUUUUUCAUUCAAAUAUUAGUCGAAUAAAAACGCCAGAAAAAAAUAAAACACUCAGAUUAGUGCAUUGAAACAUCCGACAUGUUUAUUUGUGUUUUGUCUUGUUACACAUUAUUAUAUUUCCUCUCUAUUCUGUUAAUGUAGGACUGGGACUGUUUUCAACUUUUGCUUCAUUUUUACCAUUUUAUUUAGUUGGAAAACCUUGCCAAAAGUCACAUAGGUUGAACCCGCAUCAGUUAAAAGUAGUUAUUAACCAAGAGUUCUGCCAACUAAUUCUAUAUUGCUUAUUAUUUUGUAGUUGGUGUUCUGUAAUGCUGUAUGAAGUGUUACUUUGAUUUCAGAAAAUGUAAAAAAAAAUAGCAUUUUGACAGUAUAGUAAGAAUUUAUAUACCGUUUAUAUGAUAUGUAACCAAAAAAAUAUAUGUUACGAACUAUAUAUCAUUUAUAAUCGAUGUACUUAGACUCAGUUUAGUCUUUACUUAGUUUUCGGUCAUGAUUUCCUCUUAUAAUGCAAAAGAAUUAGUGAGAAGUUGGUUCAUCGAACCUUUUAAGAUCUUCAUCCGCCCGCCAUUAGAAAUCUUUUUUUUUCUUCAUAGUAUUCGGAUAUAAAUGUUUUAAAAAUGCAAGUGAACAUUUCACACUAAUACAAUUACUUUCUUGCUAAGAACGUAUUGAUAUUAUUUAGAGCAUGAGGAAUAUACUUGCACAGGAAUGUACUUCAGUAAAGAUACAAUACCUAUAUAGGGAUAUUUGAAUGUGUGAAUUGAUUCUGUUGCCAAAUCCAAGAACUUCCGACUCCGACGAAAUUGUCUUUUUAUUUGUGGACCAGUUUAUAGAUUUGCUGUUUUAGCAAUUGGUUGGAUUUUUUUGAUUUCUAGAAAAAUAUUCGAUCAGCACUUAAAUCUUUUAGGCUGGUAUUACCUUUAUUUUACAUUUCCGUCACGUUUGUUUAUUAAACCUCUCGACAAACUA